AUGGCGCACAUCCCAACUAAGUGGGCUGAACGUAAGGACAAGCUUUAUGUCACGCUGCAAGUGGCUGGUGCCACGGACGUCGAAGUGAAGUUCACCGAGAACACGAUCAGCAUUACCGGGAAGGGCAUCACGCCUAAGGCCCCUGAGCCACACGAGUUAAAUGACCAGAUUACUCUACUUAAGGAGAUUGUCCCAGAAAAGUCCACAUUCAAGGUAUUGGGCGUUGCAAUUCAGGUGUGUGCGACUAAAAAGGAGGAGGGGUACUGGAACAAGCUUGUGAACCAGUCAAGCAGCAGCACCGCGAAUUGGCUUUCAGUGGACUGGAACCUUUGGAAGGACGAAGACGAGGAGGACGAUGUCCCCGCUGGCUUCGGUGAUUAUGGUGACCUUUCAAACAUGAUGAACAUGGGAGGACUGGGCGGCAUGGAAGGACUGGGCGGCGUGGGCGGCGCGGAAGACGCGGAAGACUCGGACGACGAAGAGGGUGAUGGCGCGGCUCAGGCCCCUGCAGCCGACCUGAAGGAUCUGGACAGCAAGUAG